AUGGGGUUUUAUGGGAAUCCAGAGACUAGUAAAAGAAGAGGCUCGUUGGAUUUGUUGGCAUCUUUUAAACCUGAGGCAGAUAUGGGGUGGUCUGUAAUGGAACAGAAAGAAGAGUGUGUUGGUGCAGUUGAGGUGAGAAUUCCUUAUUCAAUGAGGGAUAUGUUAGAAAGAGAGUUCAAUGAUGAUGAGGUGGAAAGGGCCCUGAAGCAAAUGUCAGCUCUUAAAUCAUCUGGCUCAGACAGCUCUAAUACAAAUAGGGCUAUUAAGGAUCAGAUAGUCAAUGAAGUUGGGGCAGUAUCAUGUAAAAACUAUGAGACAUAUCUAGGGUUACCAGAAGUUGUUGGGAAGGCAAAGUAUAAUACUUUUAGUUGUAUAAAAGAAAAGAUGUGGCAGAGGAUACAUAACUGGAAAAAUAAUUUCCUCUCAAAAGCUGGAAAUGAGGUACUUAUUAAGGCUGUUCUACAGGCUAUUUCUACGUACUCUAUAAGUGUUUUUAAACUCUCAAAGAAACUAUGCAGGGAUUUGGAGGCUAUGUUCUCGAGGUUUUGGUGGAGGCAUAAUCAAAAGGAGAAGCACGGCAAUGUUGGCAAAAUAAGGGUAGAGAUUAAUGAGGCAAUCAACUCCUUAGUGGCAACAAUUUUUAAAGAAAAAUACUUUAAAACUAUUCAAUUUGCAGAGUCCAAGAUUGGAAAUGCCUACUCUUUGAUAUGGAGGAGUAUUUGGUCAGCAAGGGAGGUGGUGAUGAAGGAGUUAAGGGUAAGUGAGCUAAUUGAUGAAGGCAAAAAAGAAUGGAAGAAAGUGCUUAUUAGCAAUAUAUUUCGAAGGGAAGAAGCAGAAGUAAUAUGUUUAAUUCCAAUCAGUCGACUGAGGAGUAUUGACAAACUGUAUUUGGGUCUAACCAAAAAGGGGAAAUUCUCAGUAACGAGUGCAUAUUUCAGUGAUUUAAAGAUGCUGAAUGAGAGUGAGUGGGAGAUUUUAGAUGGAAAUAGGGAGCUAAAGUAG